AGAUCCUUCCCAAAGAUACACCUCGCAUGCAAACGCAUCCGUGAACUCAUCUCAGCUACUGCAACUGUACUCAUCUAUCUACAGGCCAGGGCUUCUGAUUAUCCGCUGUCGCAAGGAUUGGAGAAGUACAUGUAGCUGUAGAAGUCUUUCUUUUGCUCUAUCUAGCUAAAAGCUCUAGAGACCGACACUACUAUUCUCUCCUCUCCUAUCGGUAUCCUAUCAUUUGACCAUGUCAGGCCCUGACCACAGCAAAGAGGAUGGCGUCGUUGGACCGGCCGAUAGAGCCGAACAACGCGGCUCGGGUGGAGUGAUUGGCUGGGUCAAGGGCAAGAUCCAGAAGAGGAACUUGGCAGCUACCAUGAACAACCUUGAUCUAGACGAAGCCGAGAAGAACGCGCUGGCUGCAGAGGCAGCCACUGGAGAACCCAGCGAUCUGGAUAUUGCCAUGGGGCUGGGUACAGGAGGCGUAGUGGAUGCAGCCGCCGAUGAAGUUCCUGACGAAGAUAAGAUCGAUUUAGAUGCCGAGAACGACGAAGGCUUAUUGGUGGGAUGGGGCAAGAAGUUGCAGGAAGUAGAAUGGGUCCAGAAAACCGUCCAAGUGGUCCAGGAAGGAGUUGCCAACCGUCAAGAACAGGAAGAACUCCGAGAGAUUCAUGAAACCUACAAGGAGGAAAUUAAGAAAGAUAAAGAUAUCAAAGAGCUGCAAAAGAAGAUUAAGAAACUCAGAAAGAACUUGAAGGUCCAACGGCUUAAUGGCGACCGCAUCGCAAAAAAACACUCCUUUCAACGCGACAAAGAGCAAGAAAACCUCGACAAAAAGACCGCUCGUCUUAAAAAGUCAAUCUGGACAUUUAGCAACUCCAGUAUGAAUUCCCAUGAGUAUGCCAAGGCCAUGAUGCGAGCUUCUGGUCGACUCCAACGCAAAGGAAUCAAGGUACACAAAUCCGAAAAAGCACUCGCCAUGGAAGCUGCCGUCUUGAGGAACAUGCAUCGUAUGCUUACCAUUCAAAAACAGUAUACUAUGGCAAAAAAAUCAUGUAACGAAAUCUCAUCCUUUGUCAAACGAUGCAAGGGAUGGCUGGACAACAAGUUGGCAGAUGGGGAAAUGGGAAUCAUGGUAUUGGAGGCUACCUCCAAAUCCAUGGGUAUCAUGUAUGCCGAAACCCUUGAAGUGCAAUUGGCGCUCAUCCCCAAACUAGAAGAUCCGGCCAGUCAUACCUUUGGCAAGCAACGCUUGAAGACAGUCCUGGCUCUGCCCAAGGGAUUGCGAUCCAUGCCUACCUUCCUCAAGGGACCUUCGCGACCACCCAUGAAAAUCUCUCUCAAGAAGCAAGUCGAAGAGGAAGAUCCAAACUUGAAGGGAUACCGUACCUUCAAGGAACAAGCAAAGGCGCUCGAUGAGGCCUGGAAGGAGGAGAUGAAGCAGUACGAGAAUCAAUUGGUCGUCGGUGGUGCCGAUAUGAAGAUUUUCGAUGAUGUGUCUGAUCUCGGAGACAGUGAAGAUGAAAUCGAAGAAAACCUCGCAGCCGUCAGUGUCGGAGCCGCUGCCGCCAAGAAGGUCGCCCCUGCGAUGGACAUGGAGGAAUUGAUCAAGAAACAAAAGGCCGCCGAAAGGGAAGACCUCGGAGAAAACGAAGACGAACCCGCACCAGAGACCACUGCGACUGAAACUGAAACUGGCGAAGCUCCCGAAACUGCCGAACCAAAGAUGAAAGGCGAUUCAGACGAGGGUGACCCAGAAGAAGAGAAAAAGGCAGAAAACAAGGCCGACGGAGAUGAGAACGUUUCCCUGAACACUGGUGGAGUUUCGCCAACAAAGGGUGGUGUGACCUUUGACGAUUCCAAGAAAAGUGUCGAAUCAGAACCAAUUCCCACCGAGAGUGCCGAAGAGGCCGAUGCCGCCGCUUUGGAAAAGGCCGCUAAAGAUGGUGACUUGGAGAACGACCCUGAUGUCGACGAGGCGGCGCUACCAGAAGAAGUCAAGCAAGAGGAUCUGGAUGAUCUUCUGGACAAGGAAGCGGAAGAAGUGACACCCUCCCUCGAGGAAGAGGCUGAAGCGGACAACGCUGUCGAAGAAGCCCUGCACCAAGUGGUAGAGGAUGCUCUUGAAGGCGUCGGCGCGGAAAUUGAAGAGUCCGAUUCCAAUGACGAUGACGACGCAGAACCUGCAAAGACGAAGACUCCGAAUGGAGACGCCACCGCUGUUUCAGAUGAUGCCAGUUGCUAGAUUUGACAUGGACAGGCCCUGUUGUGCAUCAUCUGUUUGACAGUGGUAGAAUUUGUUUGUGAACAGCGAUACUAGUUUUAGAUAAUUGUUUCUUAUGUGCGUGUGGAAGGAGCUGCGUCGGUGCUCGCGCUUUACAUGUAUUCGGUU